CUGUAUCUUGGUAGCGACGCGCAUAGCACUGCAAGCGGAAGUGGGCUCUCUUCACGCAACCAUAGCCACAAUCCUGGUAUCAUCAGAGGCCACCACAGAUCAUCAGAAGGAAGUUUCCAAAACAGUAGCAGCGGUUUCUAUCAAAUUUCAAGUAGCAAACCCCAUCGAAGUCAUAAAAGGCAUCAUCAUAGCAAACAUGAGAAAGUAGUUUUAGUUACGUCAGCCGACAGAAACAACAACCAAGGAUCACCAAGGUCCAAACUCGGACGAAAAUUCCCCAAGAAAAAUAUUGAGAUCCAGUUCCAUCAUCAUAAAACUGAGACCAAAGCUCCCGUUAAUCAAGGACUAUUAACUACCACUACUAUAACCUCAAAUUCUACCACUGUACACAAGUCAAGCAACUAUCGCUCGAAGCAUCAGCAUAGCAAAGUUCGAAGUUGGCUCACUCCUGAAGGUCAGUCUCUAGCUAUAAUUGUCGUUCCUUCUAAGUUUCCUCCGCCUAACUACGUAGCCUUUAUUACUCUUAUCCUUUUUCCCAUUCCAGAGACAAUUCGUCUUUAUGGAUCAAGUCUCACUGAUUAUGAGAGGACUGAAAUUUUGGAUUAUAAGAAAAUCUAUUACUUCGGACUUGGUGCAACGAAAUCCACAGGAAGAAACGAAUCUUACAAUAGUGGAUAUGAUAGUCGAAAGGGGGAGUACAGGACCGUAGAGCACGAUCACAUUGCCUAUCGAUACGAAGUCCUCGAAAGUAUAGGCCAGGGGGCUUUCGGAGAAGUUGUAACCGCCUACGACCACAAGAAACACCGGAAAGUGGCCCUUAAAAUCAUUCGAAAUCGGCCGAACCUACACGAGCAGGCAAGAAUAGAAGUGAAAGCUCUGAAAGCUCUGGAGAAACACGACCCCCAUGGCAAAAACUUUACCCUUCGAAUUUUCGAUAGCUUCACCUUCAGAAAUCAUCCUUGCAUCGUGUGCGAAUUGAUAGGAGAGAAUCUUUAUGAGGUGUUAAGACGGGGAAAUUUUGAAGGCCUACCUAUGAAAACUAUUCGCAGUGUGGCCAAAUGUGUUCUCAAAUGUCUGGCUAUUCUAAGUGAGGAGUCGAUGAUCCACUGCGAUGUCAAACCGGAGAAUAUUCUUCUUGUCCCGGGAGACAAAGCCCAUGUGAAACUGAUCGAUUUCGGCUCAAGUUGUCGUGAGUCGGAACAACUGUACAACUACAUCCAAUCUCGAUAUUACCGAGCACCGGAGGUACUAAUGGGAAUGAGGUACACAGCCAGCAUCGACAUGUGGAGCCUUGGCUGCGUGUUAGCAGAGCUGUACACAGGUAAUUCUAUGGCACUUCAAUUACUCUUUUACAUCUCCAUACUCCUUCAACCUUAUUCUUUCUCCCACCUCCCCUACCCCCCUCCCUGCCCCCAGCACUUUCUGUCAUUUUAUGAGCAUAACGCAAUAUGCUUACUCUCAUAA